AUGUUGCGAGAUAGUCUGUUAUUCGGCCUGAGUGCUCAAGUCCACAGCCAUCUCAGCAGCAGCCUAUACCUCUGGUGCAGACUUCUUUCACCGAUGACACCAAAGUCGCUCGUGACCUUCGCCACUGCCCUUGCCAUUGCAGCUACCCUACAGUCCCUACAGGGCUGUGGUGAUGAAUGUGACAGCCAGGGAGCCGGUGCUUGCUACAGGGCCAGAAACGAACGUGACGUCGUCGGUCACUGCCAGUACAGCAAGGAAACAUUUGCAUGCAUCACGAGCUACAAUUGCUGCAAAAAAACGGUAGAAGAGAGUGAUGUGAUCCCGGACUUCCUGGAACGAAUCACUGAGCUGGCAAAGAAUCAUGACGUAAAAAAGGAUCAGUUGGCCAAGCAGAAAGAUGCUGUUGUCAAAAUGAACGCCAAGCGUGCGGAGCAGCACCCCGUCCAAGCUCACCCCAAGGAGUGCCGGCCAGGAGACGACGAAUAUUGGGUGGGCAAAUCCGCAGGGCUCACAGGCGAUAUCCCCUAUUUCAGCGCUCGCCCUGACUUGGGACCCAUCAAGGAUAUGGGAUCUGAAUCCCUCCUGAUAGCAAAGGCAGGAAUGGAGGCAGGGCGCUACCUAGAACACGCCUGCUAUGAAUCAACGGGGGCCCCUCAAGGACGGGGCGUUCUGAAACUACAGAGUUGGGAAGAAGAAGGAGUUCUGAGAGCCUCCCACGGGGAGUGCUCAGACAAGUACUAUCAGUGGUAUGUUGACCAUGACAUCCGGGAAAAGGGUGCCGUGUACCACGUGUGCACGGGUAAGCACUCCACUUGCAGGAGGGCCCCCCCAGGGGGUUCAGGGACGGGAGAGGCUCCAGCAAAGACCGCGGAGGGGGCCCCCCCUCAUCCAUCGGACCCGGCAAGACGGCCGCUGUGUGAGGCAGAGGAUAGGGCUAAGAGCCCAAAGGAGGGUCCAAAGAAAAGGCGGCUUGACGAUCAUGUCAGAGAUCAGGUCGCCAGCCAGGAAAAACGACGCAGGUCGGGGUCCCCCCACCGGAAAAGACGAGAGGAAGACAGCGCAAAGAAGGACAAGAGCACGGGUCGCCGACGAGAUCCUUCCGAGGAUUCUUCGGGAGCCAGGUCCUCAUUGGGCCGUGUGCGUGGGCCACGAGGGGGUGCCGAUGAACCGCCCUCCAGUGCGAAUACUGAAAGGAAGGCUCAUGCACAUGAUGCGGCGGGGGUUCAAGAUGAACGAUGCCCCCUUCCAGGAGGGAGGUUACCAGAAAGCGAGACACUUCAAACCCGCUCCAGGAGGAGGGGCCGGUCUUCUGAGAGGAGACGUGAGGACCGCCACAGCCAAGGCCGAGAACCAGGCGCCAAAUUUGAGAAAGAGCCGGGGCCAGCUGAAAAAGAACAAGUAGGAAGCUGGCGGCGUUCAGGCUCCCCCCGGGGAGAAGUCCGUGGGCCAGUUAAGCGAGAUAGCGAAGGAGAUGAGGGAUUGCCAAGCCUCAUGGAAAAAGCCGAGGGAAGAUCAAGGUCAACACCUGGGCCUCGAAGUGGAGAGAACUCGGCAGAAUCAAGGUGGAGGAAAAGGCUUGGAAGAGACAACACCCCGGAUCGCCAUCGACGACGGUCCCGGCAAAAGUCAGAGCCCAGAUCAGCCCCUCCAGAGAGGGUAAAAGUGAAAGACAAAAGGAGGAGGAAAGGGCAAGAAAGAUCGGCCAGCAGGAAAAGUCAGCAAGUUCGACAGACCAAAAGGGAGCCAUCCCAAGGGAGUCGGAAAAGCAUCAAGAGGGAGCCAAGUAGAUCCUCCAGGGAAAGGGUCUCAGCUAGCCCGGCGGCUGGUGAGUGCGAUGUGAAGCCCCCUGCAAGCAGACUCCUCCGGGAGUUCCUUCAACAAGACGAGACUGGGAAUUUGUCGGCGGCACAGCUGAUCCGCCACCUGGUUCUCCAGCUGAUGGAAACCGACUCACCGUUGAAGGAGUAUAUGCUUUGGUCUCUACAGUCCCCGACGCGGAGGGAGGGCAAGGUGCUGAAUCUGUUCCCCCUCCCGCUAUGGUUUGAUGGCCGUGAAGCCCUGAAUGAGAUCUUAGAUGAAGCCCAGGUACGUGAACAACCAGGUGCAUGGCGCAACAGAGGUGGCCAGGCCACAGCGGCACAAGAGCAGGCCCUGAACACACUGUGGGAAGUGGUGAAAUCGUUCAUUGAUGAACGUGAGAGGGCCGGAGAGGCGUUGAAACACCCGGAGAAGAUCAUGGUGGAACCACCUCAGGGUCCUAGACCUCGCCCAAAGGUCAGGGUAGUUGAUGGAGAGUGGCCCAAGAUAGCCCGGGCCCUGUUUGACAGAGGACUUGUCCGGCCUGUCAAUCACUGUCCGGUGCUGGAUGGUGAAAAAGUGCAACGGUGCAUUCGGCGUGGGGAGGCCCGACAAGGUGACAGAGAAAGGGGAGCCGGUGCUGCGACUCAUAAUGGACCUUAG